AUGCCUCCCAAGACUAAACACUACGAGACCUUGUCACACAAUGACGACCAUGACCGAUCCAGUACCGAGGUUGAAGAUGAGUUGAUGGAUGAGGAGAAGCAUUGGCACUCUAUUGAUUUGAAUGCCAAUCAGACGCCGAAGCGUAGUUGGUGGAAGGAAACCAAGUCCUUGUUAAGGAGAUACCGGUGGCUUAUCGACACCUUGUUACUCCUUACCAACAUUGGUCUGUCACUGGGCUUAUCACUCCUGAUGUACUAUCAGUUUGAGGAUGCCAAGUUUUCAGUGAGCACAAGGCAGGUUGGAGGUGAUUACACUGCUGCUGGCCCGAGAUUUCCCACCAAGAUUGUCUCGUUCGCAGCAGACUACGCAUUCGUGCCGCCCAACGCUACCGACUUUCUCUCCGAUGCUACAUUGAAUUCAUGGAGAUCUCUCCUGCCAGACGGCUCUGGCUGGAAGUGGGUUGACAGCGACCCUUUCUUUACCACUUCAAUGACCCAUCAAUUGCAUUGCAUUUUCAUGAUGGGCAAGAUCUUUUCCGGCUUGACGUCAAAUAAUAUGGACAAAGUUCCCUCUGACUACGUAACACACUACUACCAUUGCGUUGACUAUUUGCGUCAGGCUGUCAUGUGCUCAGGUGAUCUAGCACUAGAGCCGCAUGCAGAAACUGAUUCCGAUGAUAAUGGGCCAGAGGAUGGCAGCUGGAAUGGCCAGCAUGUGUGCAAGGACUAUGGCCAGAUGAUGAAGUAUCUGGACAAACAAAUUGCGGAAGGCGUUCGCGUUGUUUUACCGAUAGACGAAUAG